AUGAUUAAAGAAGAAGAUGCUUCUGCAUCACAGGCAGAUGUUCUUGCUGUUUUGGCAAGUAAUGAGGAUGGUUUAAAUAGCGAAGAUCUUAUGAAGCAAACUGCGGGGAUGGAUGUCAAAGCACGUGGUGAAGCAGUUAAUGCCUUGUUAUCAUCAGGUAAAGUCGAAAUGUUGCCUGGUCAUACACCGGGUGCAUUUAUCUUACGUCUAAGAAAGGGUACACAAAUUGCCGAUGCCACGCGCGAGGAACAAUUGAUUUAUUCACUAAUUGAAGAAUCGGGUAAAAAAGGUAUUUGGAUACGAGACAUUCGUGAUCGAACUGGCUUAUCACAAACGCAAAUGCGCAAAGUUCUGAAAGUAUUGGAACAACGCAAACUUGUUAAAUCGAUUAAAGCUGUAGGUACGAUAAAAAAGUGCUAUAUGUUAUAUGAUAUAGUGGCAGAUGAAUCGUUGACAGGCGGAACAUUUUAUUCUGACCAGCAGUUAGAUUCACAGUUUGUCGAAACUCUGGCACAUAUUUGUGUGGCGAUGUUGCAGAGCAAGCGGAAAUUCUCUGAGGAUAACCACAAAAAUGAUCCUGCAGCUGCUCGGGAGUUUUCAUUUGUUCGUUCCACCGAGGUGGCGCAAUUCAUUCGUGAAAAGGGUGUUUGUCGUGUACAACUGAAUAUUGCGGAUAUUGAGAGUAUCCUGUCAGUAUCACUGUUGGAUGGCUUCAUCGAACGGCGUGCAGAUGGUAUGUAUCGUGCCCUGACAGCUAAGACGACUCGUUGUGCUCCGUCUUAUUGUCCUUGUAUUCACUGUCCUAUUGAGAGUGAUUGUAAACCAGGCCAUAUCAUAUCACCGCAAAAUUGUGAAUAUUUUACUAGUUGGUUAGAUUGGUAA